AUUCCGUUGAAUAGACGAGAGACGAGAUGAGUUCCCGACGGCACGAAUAACCCUGACAUUGACAACGAAUCGGACAAAACACAACACCACCAGUCCGCCUAAUAUUCAAAAUGCAUUAUAUGGGCUCUGGAUGAAACAUUUGUAAAAGGCUGCUGCUGUUUCUCACCAAGAUUUUAUGGAAAUCCUCUCGUAAAUUAAUUGAAAAAAUAUCAAUGGAGGAACGAAUAUAAAAAGUAUUACGUUUGGAAUUGACAGAAUAAGUUUGCGUGCUGAAGGUUUGAUAAGGUGCGUGGUUAGUGCCAUUAGGUUUGCGAAAAUUUUUGGCACUAACCAUUACACAACUUGUGGGGGGUAGAAGAGAUAAGACAAGAACCACCAUCAAAGAUUGGGAUACACAUCUCGAACAAAGUACAAAGCAACAGAAACCUAAGAAUUAUAGGCAUACAUUACUACUUUACCACCAAUUCACAUUCUGAUGGACCCUGGAUUUGAAGCAACAAUUAAGCAGGAGAUUCCUGAACUGCCGGAGUGCCCAUCAGAUUUUGAUCUCAAUGUGCUUGUGGAAAUUGACUCAAUUGACUUGAAGCCACCAGCCCCACAUAUACAACAGCAACAACAACAAUCUCCACUGGAAAUUGGUUCCAAAAACAGUGCAUUUCAACCGUACAAGCCUUUAACAAUCUUGACCAAUUUGCAACGUGGAAAUGUUAAAACAUUGGGUAGAGAUGCUGCUCCGAGUCAACCUUUAACCUUUCAAGAGAAAGCAGCUAAAGGAAGUCUACUUGAUACAGAUAUUAACGAUAAAAAUGUGAAUAGUUUGGACUCUGAUGGAUUGACCGCCUUAAUGUGGGCCUCCUUUCACGGGAAGGUUUGCAUAGCUGAAAUGCUCGUCAAUAAGGGGGUGGAUGUUAAUAUGACUGGACCAGAUGGACAGACAUCCCUCAUGUUUUCUGCUGCCAAGGGUCACGUCGACGUUUCGAAUUAUUUGCUCUCGAGCGGAGCAGAAUUGGAAGCGGAGGACGAGUUUGGAAACACGGCGCUAAUGCAUGCAGCCCAUUACAACCAACCAGCCUGUGUCAGUGAACUACUAAUUCACGGAGCAUCGAUGACAAAGCCUAAUUUCAUUGGGGAUACCGCAUUCGACAUUGCCUUCAAAAAAGGUCACAGAGCAACGCAGCAUGCGAUGGAAAUGCAUCUCAAAAAAAUUCUAGAAGCGAAUAUGGAAUGAAAAAUGUCUUUCUCUUCUUGUACAAAUUAUUCAAGGUUUACGAUCGACGUGUUUUACUAGGAAUCGCAUAUUUUUAUAUUUGUGUAUAGAAUAGACAAGCGAUGCGUUAUUUAAGUAGCUGAGAACCAUACCCAACUUUUUCGUUUGUAAUGUGAUAUCGUAAUUUGGCUUGCAAUGCUUAGCGUAUUUAUUCUUUGUGACAUUUACCAAAGGUUUAAUUAUAGCUCCUAAUGAUUGUUUGUAUAUCAACAAAGGGAAAAUGGAAUUAAUAAUUAUUGCUGUAUAUUGUAAUCACACUCCAGGACAUGGUAUUAAAUUCUCUAUGAUUAACAUACAAAAUUCUAAGUGCAAUUAUGUCAUUAUUGUUGUCGAUAGUAAAUAUAUUCCUUAUUUCUUACCUAGCA